GCUCCAUAAAACACAGGCAGUGUUCUUUGCGGGCUUGAGCUUGAAAACUGUUAAACAUGCUUUGGGUUUCCCUCUAUUAUUUUAUUUCGUUCAUAGUCCAGGUCAUAAGUACGAAAACAUAUUACCUUGCUGGUAGAGGAAAGAAGGGCAUCGACCACAUCCUCUCCAGUGCGCCUCUGAGUUGUGUUGAAGAGUGUAUAGUCUUUUGUGAUGGGGAGAAAGCAGUUUCUGAAAACUAUGAUGUGACUACGGGGACUUGCGUCUGUCAUUCAGUAUUUCCGGAGAUGCUUUCUCUGGUGACACAGGCAAACGCUUCGAUGUACGCCAACCGUGUUGGUAUAGAAGCUGCUGCGUUUGGCUACAUCUACAACUCAUCCGCACACUUCUUCUACAAAGUGCACUCCACAGACAAGGCUACGUGGACGAGAGCCCGUGAAAUAUGUCAAAGCGAGGGAGGCGAAUUGGCUAAGCUUGAUACUCCCGAAAAGCGACAGUUGGUGCAGGAGAUCGUUCAAGCAGAUGGAGCCAAUGAAUAUUUUCUCGGCGCGACUGACAUGGCAGAAGACGGAGUAUGGAGGUGGGUUGUCGACGACACAGUCUUUCCCGAGUACACAAAGAGUGGAUAUUCCAAAUGUCUUGAAAUGGAACCAGACAUGCAAUUUGAUGAUACUAGUUGCAAUUUUGAAGAACAAAAAUACGUCUGUGACAUUGUACUCUAAGAAUGUUGUCACCAUAUGAUAGGGUGAGUUACAGCUAAAAUGUAUUGAUUAUUCAGGUCGAUAGUUAAUAUUGUACCACGUGCUCGAUAUAUUCUUCAUGAGAACUAACAUCUAUCAGCAUCAGCCUCUGUAACUGUGAUGAUUGUUCGAUUCUAUAUUUUGAACAAGUGUAUAGGAUUUACUAUCAAAGAGAUACAGAUGGGCUUCGUCACAAACACAUGCAAAGGCAGCCGAAUAUGUGGUGGAAGUCAAAAUAGGGAAUUAUAUCUAUUUGUAUAUUGCUUUUGUUACGUUUGAGUCAAAAUGGAACGGUACGAUAUAAAACGUUUUAACGGAUUUACAGAGGACUUGACCUGUGAAAAUCCGGAUAAGGAUUGGUCUUCAUUGUCAACAUAAAUAAACAGGGAACAGGGGAUUCGUUCUACGCCGUGUAAGGUUUAUUUUGGAGGAUGACGUGAAGCGAGGGAUGUGAUUUAUUGUAACGUAGGCUCAAACCACGUUCAAGUCGGUCCCGGUUCAAAUAUA